CCGAUGCAACCGUUUCGCGCGUCUUGGGAGUUGGGAUAGUAUAGUUCCCUUGAAUAGUUCCUAGGGACACAAAAACAAGACCAGCCGAAUAUUUUAUAUUAACCUUCAAUAUUACUACGUACAGAGAUCGGAAAACAUCAAUUUUUCGUCUGGGAUUUUCGAAAAUUUCUUGCUCGUUUGCGUUUAAUCCCUGAGCUAGCUAAUAUAUCGGUCAAAUUCACGUACACAGAAGCCAUAGAAUCUGGCCGGUCACCAGAAAACUUUUUGAGCGUUGAAGGAAUUAAGCUGGCUAGUUUCUCCAUUUUGCCUUGUUUUCAUCACCUGAAAAGUCGGUGCAUUUGGUCUCAUCGCCAUGAAGAUAGGUGAAGGUGGGAUACGCAUCGCCAUGGCACCGCAGAUGGUGGUUGCAGUGAUGAUGGUGAUGGUGUUUGUUGCAGAUGGAGCUGAUAAAAACAAUGUUUUCAGCCCCUGUUCUGAUGCACAGGUUCAAAAAUUGGAUGGUUUUACCUUUGGUCUUGCAUUUUCAACAAAGGAAUCCUUCUUUUUCAAUCAGACUCAACUUUCUCCCUGCGAUCAGCGUCUCUCCCUCUCAACUAAAAACGCUCAACUUGCUCUGUUUAGGCCCAAGGUCGACGAGACCUCUUUCCUCACCAUUAAUAGCACCACCUUCAAUCCGUAUCAGUAUGGUGGGUAUAUGGUAGCAUUUGCUGGACAGAAGUAUGCGGCAAGAUCUCUCCCAAUAUUGGUUGCUGACACAACUAACGUCAUAACUAGUUUCACUCUGGUCCUCGAAUUCCAGAAGGGUACUCUUCAAAAUCUCUACUGGAAGAACUUUGGGUGUAAUGCUUGCUCCCAGGACUCUAUUUGCCUCAACAAUCAGAACUGUGCAGUACCAACCUCUACAUGCAAGAGCAAUGGUGGGUCAAAGGAUUGCAGUUUAAGCGUACAAUUGGCAUUCUCUGGUACAGAUAAGAAUCUUUAUGCACUUAAUUCAUGGUAUGAGGUGGAAAAUCUUAGGCAGUACUCCCUCUACGGUCUAUUCUCCAAUAUUCGUGAUUCUGUCACCGGCCUUAUAAUAUGACAAGCUUUCUGAAUCCUCUGUGUGUUCGGGUACGUUGGAAUAGCAACCUCUCCGUUUCAAGUGAAGUGGAAAUUAAAGGAUCAGCUUAAUUGAUCCGUCUGAGUUAUAUGUAAACAGCUCUUAUUUAAUUAUGAUGAUUUCUGUCAAUGAAAUUUACCCUUGAAAAGAUAAUGCAAUUUUAGCCCUUGGAUUUUUUAUUU